UCUUCGCCCCCAAGCAAACCCGCCGCCGCCCGGCGCCCGCGGGUCGCCUGCGCUGCGCUUUCCUUCUUCCCGCCAAGAUAUUUUUCCGGACGCUCUACCCUGCAGCUGUAGCGCGUGCGCGCACCGCCUUGCCCUGCGGUCCGCAGCCGCGAGACCGUCCAGGCCCCGGCGGCCGGCGCCAAGUGGCCCGAAUCCCCCGCGGGGCCCGCCGCGAUCACCCACCCAAAACCUCCCCCUCGGCUCGGGCAUACACGGCCGUCUCUGAGCCAGUCUCCCGGCAGCGGCAGCCAGCAGUCCCCGGGGCUGUCCACGCGGAGCGCCCGCCGAUGGCCGGCCCCGGCCACAGUAUGUCGGUUCCACCCCCACCCGAAGCCUAUAAAUUCCUCGCCGCCCCGUCUCUCGCCGCCCAUUUCCUCCGCCGCCUCCUCCUAGUCCUCAACCCCCGCGCGCGUCGUCGUAUGCCACCAUGGACCGCGCCCGCCCCACCGCCGCCGCCGCGAUGCUGCUGGAGCCCAAGCUCGAGGACGAGGACGUGCCGCCGCUGCUGCAGCAGCUGGCGUCCCCGGGCCCCCCCUUCGUGUCCCUGGACCAGCUGAUGCCGGCGCCGGCGGCCGAGCCGCCGCGCCCGCUGGAGGCGCUGCUGCAGGGCCCGCAGCUGCCGCCCUUCCUGUCCAAGACGUACGACCUGGUGAGCGAGCCGGCGCUGGACGGGGUCAUCUCCUGGGGCGCGGCCGGGAACAGCUUCGUCGUCUGGGACCCCUCCACCUUCGCGCGCGACGUGCUGCCGCACAACUUCAAGCACAACAAUUUCUCCAGCUUCGUCAGGCAGCUCAACACCUAUGGUUUCCGCAAGGUUCAUGCUGACAGAUGGGAGUUUGCUCACGAAGAUUUCCUGCGAGAUAGCAAGCAUCUGUUGAAGAGGAUUGUCAGGCGCAGGUCCUCCCCAACAAAACAAAGCAGCAUUCAGCCUGGUUCUUCUUCUGGAGAAUCCAUCCUGGACCCUGAGCUCCACACGCUGAGAAGAGAGAAGAACACGCUGCUUGAAGAAGUGGCAAGGUUGAAACAGGAACACCGCCAGACAAUUGAGCACAUGAGCACGCUGAAUCACAGGCUGGAAUCUGCAGAGGACCGGCAGAGGCAGAUGGUCUCUUUCCUGGCCAAGCUCCUUCAGAACCCGAGUUUCGUGAGGCAGCUGAAGCUGCACAGGGAGAAGAAAGAGAUUGACUCCACCAGGGUGAAAAGGAAGUUUCUGAAGCAUGUUCCUCAUAGCAUAGAGUCAGGUGAGUCCAGCUCACAGCAUGCCGGAGAGAGUGGUUCGCAUUUCGCUGUGAGUUCUUCCAUGGCUACAAGCCUGCACGACGACAUCACAGAACUUCAGAAUUUUCUCUUGGAAGACGAUGACGUCAACUUUGGCAUGGGUUCAGAAAACAUGGGGCUUGAAGGCAUCGAUGCACCAGAGGAUAUUGGAGAAUUGAUUCAGGGGUUCGACACGCAAGAAGAACUUGAGCUGGGCAGUGGAGCUGAGCUACUGGAGAUGCCUCCAGCUUCUGGUCCUCUGGGUCAAGAUCCCACAAUCGGCAGGUCCAAGGGAAAGAAUGUGCUGUGUCCAGGUUUGGACGCUACCUCUUCUGAAGCCGACUGCCUCAGUCCAUUGUCUGACAACAUGGGGUUGCUUUCAGGCACCAUGCUAGGGGCAGCAGGCAGGAUGAUGGACGCUGAUGAUCAGCAAGUGUGGGGCGUUGAUGCCUCAGCAGCCCUGCAAAGCUCUUGCAGUGGCACUAGUCAACAAGCUUUCAGUAGCCAUGCUAGUGAUCCCUAUCUGAUGGACAUUGCCAACAAGCCUGAGAGAUUCUGGGAGCUUGAUUUCCAGGCACUGGAUGAAACUGAUCUGCAGCUGGACAAGUGUGCUAUUGAUGACCCUGCUCUUCAGCAGCAGCCAAGUAUGGAGAAGCCGUAGAUGAAUUUCCGUGUGAGACAGACAAUAUGGUGAUACUUUAUCCACUGAUGAAUGCUACAAUUAGCUUAUGGACGUUGAUGUAGUUAUUUUGAUAUUUGGGAGCGAGGCUGAUGAGCUCCUAGAUACGCCCACUAUGGCACUUAGUAGUAGCAGCAGUAGUAGUAUGUUUUUGUUUCCCAUUCAUUCACCCCUAGUGUUUUUGAAUGGAAACUUUUAUCCUAUUGAUUUGUUCAGAGCAGCUGUUAACUGCUCUGGCCGAUUCUUUUUGCUCCCAUUUAUUUUAUUUUUGUUUUUUCUUACUUGCGAUUUGUGAAUGUCUUGCAAUGAGCAAUGGAAUUAAAAAAAGAAAGUCAUUCUCAGAGAGCCAA